AUGUUUGUCAAGCUUCAGUGAACUGUGAUUGUAAACCUAUUUUUUAGAGAGAUCCCGCUUUUUUUUUUUGUUGCAUUUUUUUUUUUGGCUCUUUGAUAUGAUAUUAUAGUUUUUUGGGUUUAGGGUCUAAAGGUCUGGAUCCUCUCAAUCCCAUGAGGUCAUUGGAUUAAUUUGACGUCGAGAGUAUUAGAUAUCCGCCGUCAGAUUAAUCCAAUGGCUGAAAUGCUACUGGCAAAGCAGAAGGGGAUGUGUGGAUGAUCCAUUUUGGUCAAAUGUUUCCAUAUCCCUUUUGUUCCCUUGUAAUUUCUUUGUGGGGGUGGGAGGAUCGUGCAUUACAUUUUGUGAAAAUAUGCAGAUGGAAUCCAACAUUUUUGUGAACAUUUUGUACCAUAGUUGCUGUGAUAUUCUUUUACCUGAUGAUACUCUGCCUAGGUGGGAAGUGUUACUACCUUUCAAAUCUGAAUUUUUGAAGUCAGUUGCUGUAGAAAUAGUUGAUUUACACUUUUGGAGAUGAUCAACUGAUAAACCAAAUAUGAAAUUUCUUAAUUAUACAAGAGUGCAUUUAUUUUUAUUUUUUUGAUAUUUCCUAGUGUGAAGUAGACUACUCAUGGUUGGUGUAAGGCAAUAGUCUUCUAAAGUGAUUUUUGUCUAACACAAAGGGUGUAUUCACCCUUUAAUUGAAACAAUAGUGGAUCAACUCUACUUCUCACUGAGAUCGAGCCAUAUACAAUAGUAAUGUUUCUUGCUGAAUGAGCUUGGGAGGGGAGGGGGGACAUCUUCAGAUCUCAAUUCAUACAGUCCAAAUUUGUAUUUUGAUACACUAGAAUUUCUGUAUGAGUCCUAUUGAAAAGUGCUGCUAAACAAAAAUGCUUGUAAUUAAAUUAACGAAGACAAUGGUAAUGAGAAGAUUAUCAUUAAUUAAAGUGGUAGUAAUGACCUUUUUGCAACUGUCCUCGAGGGGAUUCGAAAUCCAUCUUUUGAGGAUACAAGAUCAAGCCCUUACCAAUAAACUGACACCUUAUGGACGCCUUCAAGGAAAAGCAUGAUGACAAGUAUAGGAACCUAAUGUCUUUUAAUUACAUUUUGGACUUUGAAGGAAAAGAAACUGAAGACCUGAUAUGGAGGGUAGAAAUCGUUUUUGUUUGUUAUUACUAGAAUGGGAAAUGGAUAUUGAAUACUAGGUUGGAAGUUGUUCUGUGUUCACUUGAACAUUAUCUCUUUGCAACUUUCACCUGCACAGCACCGAAUCUUAAGAAAUUGUUUCUGUACUCUAUACCCAUUUUACUUUUCAACAUGGAUCCAUUACCUAUUUGAUUCUCUUUUCAAUCUUGUUUAUCAUGUUUUCUUGUUCAUUUGACCUAUUUACAGAAAUUCAGUUACAUUGAAAUAAUUUUCAUCAUUCUGUAGCAACUUUUAAGUUAUUGUGUUUGUUUAUUUUUUUCAUUAUCCAGUAUUAUAAUAGUUUGUCUCAAUUUCCUUUGUCUUCGAGCAUUCAAGAAAAUUUCUCAAACCAUGACAUGCUUUUUCAAAAAGUUUCUUCGUUGAUAUAGUGCUAAGUAUGCCUUGAUAAUCUGUGAGUGUAAAAGAAUGGGUCUUGAUUGCUGACUGAUGCAUGUGGAAAAUCUCACUAAUACCUAUUGAAAUGAAAGAGAGCUAAGAGUCUCAGACAACUUAUCCACUUCUAUAAACCACAGCCAGCAGAAGAGAUAUAUUUGUAGCUAUUAAUGGAGAGAAAUGCAAGAGUUGACCAUUUUGCCAAAGAGAGUUUGAAUUUUACUGAAGAAAUUUUAAGUGUAGCAUCAUUUGCUCGCCAGUUAGCGCAACAAAUGAUUCUGGCCAAGGCUUAUGUGGUUAUUGCCAAAGAACACAAUAAUCUUCACCUUGCCUGGCAGCUUAGCUCAAAGAUCAGAAGUUGCCAGCUUUUGCUUUCUAAAGCAGCCAUGACUGGGGAGCCUGUCACACUGGAAGAAGCAGAGCCAAUUAUUAAAAGCCUUACUUCUCUAAUUUUUAAGGCACAAGAUAUCCAUUACGACAUUGCAACUACUAUAGUGACUAUGAAAUCACAUAUUCGCGCCCUUGAAGAGCGUGCUAAUGCAGCAACAGUUCAAAGUGCCGUGUUUGGCCAACUAGCAGCUGAAGCACUACCCAAGAGUCUCAAUUGCCUGAAUGUGAAACUCGUGUCUGACUGGCUAAAGGUGCCAUCCCUACAGGAACUCUCAGAGGAGAGGAAAAACUCCCCAAGGCUCACGGACAACAAUCUGUAUCAUUUCUGCAUAUUUUCAGAUAAUGUACUGGCAACAUCUGUAGUUGUUAACUCAACCGUCUCCAAUGCUGAUCAUCCGAAGCAAUUGGUUUUUCACAUUGUCACCAAUGGAGUCAAUUAUGGAGCAAUGCAAGCAUGGUUCCUUAGUAAUGACUUCAAAGGAGCCACCAUAGAGGUACAGAACAUUGAGGAGUUUCAUUGGUUGAAUGCAUCUUAUUCUCCAACUGUCAAGCAGCUCCAAAAUCCUGACUCACAAACCUUCUACUUUGGUCUAUAUCAAGAUGUAAACGCUGAACCAAAAAUGCGGAAUCCUAAAUAUUUGUAUUUGUUGAAUCAUCUUCGGUUUUAUAUCCCCGAGAUUUAUCCACAGCUUGAGAAGGUUGUUUUCCUGGAUGAUGAUCUUGUUGUCCAGAAAGAUCUGACCCCUCUCUUCUCACUGGAUUUGCAUGGGAAUGUGAAUGGUGCAGUUGAAACUUGUCUUGAAGCAUUUCAUCGGUACUACAAGUAUCUCAACUUCUCAAAUUCAAUUAUAAGUUCGAGGUUUGAUCCACAGGCAUGCGCAUGGGCGUUCGGUAUGAAUGUUUUUGACUUGGUAGCGUGGAGGAAGGCUAAUGUUACCGCAAGGUAUCACUAUUGGCAGGAGCAGAAUGCUGAUGGAACAAUCUGGAAGCUGGGGACACUUCCUCCUGCUCUUCUGUGUUUUUAUGGUUUGACAGAACCACUUGACAGAAGAUGGCAUGUUUUAGGAUUGGGUUAUGACCUAAACAUUGACAACCGCCUCAUUGAAAGUGCGGCGGUUAUUCACUUCAAUGGGAAUAUGAAGCCGUGGCUAAAGGUAGCUAUAGGCAGGUAUAAGCCACUGUGGGACAAGUACAUAAAUCAAAGUCUCCCUCAUCUUCGAAAUUGUGUCCUAAGUUGAAAUGCACUACUUCUUGAUUUCUGAUGGAUUAUGCAAUCUCAGAUUAUUUUGAACUCAUGAUCUGUGGUUGCCUUACUGUUGAGUCAGAAGUAGAAAAUUUUGACUGUGGUAGGAAUUUUUUUCCUUUACCCUUCUUUUUUCUUCUCUUGCCUUUCUUUUAAAUCAUUAUUGAAAGAGAACAAAAUCAUUUCUUAUACAAUAGAAAAUUGAUAUGCAUUAGGCAAAGAGAUGUGGGAAGAUCCAAUUUUGGUUGUUGGGACUAUCUUUUCCCCUUCUGCAAGUAGUAGAGUGAUUGUUCUUUAGAAAAUCUUGUAAUAAUUUAUCAGCUCUUUCAAAAUAGCAAUGUAAUUGAAUGGAAACAAUUUUUCUCUCUUCCAUGUCUUGGUAUGCGUUAAUGAAAUUUUAUUUAUAGCUA